CUUGCAUCCAUGUAGAAAGGGGACGGCGUUGUUAGGCGCCUGCAGUAUUCAUUUUAUGUAGCCCAGUCUUCUCUGUAGGUGUGAACAUUUGAGGCUAGAGGAGAGGCGAUGAUCUCCCGCCAUGUGGAUUCUAGGAGAAGCCUGGCAGCGAAGUGUAACUACAAAGAGCAAGCUUUGGAAUAUCUAAAUGCCAUACCUUGUUGCUAGUGUCCGGUUUGCUUAUGAUUGGAAGUGAAAGAGAAUAACUUUGAUCUGGACAUGUUUAAAUAGCCAUAAAUGUGACAAAAAUGCUUUUUGUAAGACGUUUUUAUUCAUUUGCACUGAGAUGUUGCCAUUGUCGUACUUGGAGCAGUGACCCUUUGUUAAGCCAACUCAGUAACUGCACAAAUGAAGAUCAAGUGUUUGAUCUUGUUGGAAAGAACAAAGCCAAGCUCUCUGAAAAACAUGUGGACAGUGCAAUUAAUAUACUUUGGCAAUUUCAAAAGAAGAAGCCCCAGCUGCUGAGGAAUACUGAUUAUAUAAAAAAUCACUCCCAGUUUCUUAUACUUCGCAUUUUGGCAGAAAACAAGAUUCAACAUAUGGAUAAUGACGCAUUAGUGGACAUUCUGUAUUGUAUACUCAGGUUUGGAGUUGAGGCCCAUGAUUCACUGGUAGAAGAGCUGGUCAUGGAAGGCUGGAGAAGAUUAAAUGGGCUGAGCCUGCCUUUGCUAUCUAAAUUUGCAAGGUGCCUACAUGAACAACAAAUGUACUGUAGUCCUCUCUUGGGUCAUAUAGCUGAUAUUGUGAAUAAGAACUUGGAUUCCAUACAAGACACAAGGAUCUUGUCGGUGUUGAUGGUCAGGAUAUCUGAAGUUAUCUCACAGAAUUUUCGAGAUCGAUUAAUUCAGAAGGCACAGUUUGUUCUGGAAACCACGGAAUUGGUCCCCUUGAAUCAUGCCAGACGAUUUGUACAGUUUCUCCGGAAUGUGAGACUACAGCAUCGACCAUUGCUAGACAAAUGUAACAAGGUUUUUCUCCAGAAUUUGGACCAAAUAGAUUUGGGGCAUUUGAUUAUCAUCCUUGAACAUUACCAUAGUUUACAAUUCAACAACAGUGAGUUUAGAUUAGCUGCUAAACAGAAACUGAUGGAAAUGAUGGAUGACUGCAACAAUCCUUUGAGCUUCUCUCGACUGUUUGUUGUUCUUUCACGCAUUGCAGGACCAGAGAUCAGAAAACAGUUGGUCGAAACUGCUCUACUAAUGGCAGAUGAAUUUGACCAUCAUCAGACAUUGGCAAUGGUGGAAAGUAUGCAAGAAACGGAGUGCAGAAGUUCACAAUUGAUUCAAAAGAUUACGUCUCUGCUUCACCAAUAUUUGGAUCUCUACAGACCACCAGAAUUGGCCAGAGUGGCAUUUUCUCUAGUCAUGCUCCGUUGCCCCAAUCCUGAACUUUACUCCAAAUUACAAAGAUUGCUAACUAGCUGUUUACAAAUUACUGUCAUACCAGUGGAUAUUUGUAUGUUGAUUCGUGCUCUUUCCGUGCUUCCUAAUUCUUACAUAGAUGAAGUCAUAGUCACUCGAAUGGAUGCUGUAAUACCUCAGUGCAACCUGAGUAAUUUGAAUUCCUUGGCUGCAGCUGUAAUAAAAUGGGUUCGACAUGACCAAUCAAGGCAGCAAAGCCCUUCUAGGCAGCAUGGAAAACUUUUGCAAAAGGUCAAUAACUGUGCAUUCCAGAGACUUCAGAAAGCCAAUGAUCUAGAUCUUCUGUUAGAAGAACUGAGAUACACAUCUGGAGACUGGACUGAAGAAAUGCUCUUUGAAGAAACCAUGGCUGUUCUUCAGCGCUUGUUGGACCAGAUUACAUGGGCAAAUGUGCUAGAGGUUUCAUCUUUUCUCAUCAAAACCUCCUAUCUCUGUACCCCAUUACUUGAUAGAAUAGCUGCUGUUACCAUUCAGCACAUAGAUAAGGUUUACAAUUCAGGAAUUUACAAUCUUCUCCUUCCCUUUGCUUUUCUAAAUUAUGAUCCUCCCCAAAGUGAAGAGUUUUUUGAGGCUUGCAUUAGACAUGCCAGCUGUUACUUGGGUUGUUUUGAGCCACAUCUCCUUGUGCUACUUGGUUUUACUUUGGCUGUUGCUGAAUAUUUUCCAGAGAAUGUGAUAAAGGCUAUAUUUAACGUCAAAUUCCUGGCCAAGCUAGAUGCCCAGCUUGAAACAUUACCAGAUACCUUAAACAGGAGGAUCCGCUUACGGCUGAUGGAACUGAACCGAGCCGUCUGUUUGGAGUGUCCAGAGCUUCAAAUUCCAUGGUUUCAUGAGUACUACUGUCAACAAAUGCAACAAAAAAGCAACGUUAGUCUUAGUGCAUUGCAACAGCAGAUUCACAGGCUGCUGGGAGAAAUUUUGGGAGGACGCCAUUUUGCCAAGGUGUCUGUACUCACUCCUUACAGCUAUGGAAUCGACUUUGAAUGUAUUCUUGAUAAAAACAAGAAGCCCCUUCCACAUACGGACCAGAUUGUUGUCAUGGCUGACUUGAAGAGGGUACAUUGGGGGCAAGAUGGCCAGUUCUUGGGAAGGAAAGGGCUACCACCAGGAGCUCAGAGAAUUGCAGUGGAAUUUCUUGAUUCAAAAGCCUUUUGCAAGAACUCAAAUCACCUGAAAGGAGAAAUUGCUAUGAAGAAGCGACAUUUGGAGAUUCUAGGAUACCAAGUUGUCCAGAUCCCUCAUUUUGAAUGGAAUUCCAUGGAACUGUCAUCAAAGGAUGCUUGGAUUGAAUAUCUAAAAAAUAAAAUAUUUGAAAAAGUUUGAUAUCAUGUGAAUACACAAAUAUGAAGCUAUUUAUAUAGAUAUUCUAUCAUGGAACAUUAAAUAUU